AAGAACGAUGAUUGGCAUCAAAUUGCAUACCAUAGGACCGAGAAGGUUACAUUGUUGCGGGUAUUAAGGAGGAUGGAUAAAGCUAGUAAAGCUUUGCGAAGGAGCAGUGUUUGUAUAAAAUCAAUGGGAAUGGGCCAUCGUGAUCUGAAUAUGGUAAUCUCAGAGCUUAAAGCCGUGCGAUCUACAGCAAAAGCCUUUAUUGUGGCGCAGAAUACAGCUGUUAUGGAAUUGAUGAAAUGGGCAUCUGGUGAUGAAAAUGAAGCAAUAAAAAAUACGUUCAUUUAUAUAGCAGAACUGAAUUCUUUGUGGACUGAAGUGCAGAAGGAAUUUUCAGAAAAUCUGAAGGAGUUUAGCCAUCAGUUUGAAAUGAUUCUGGAAGGUGAGCAGCACAUGGAUCAAGUUAGAAAUCGGUUGAGUGUAUGUGAGAAUAAGGAGCAAAAAAUUAGAAAGGAAAUACAGAAAUCAGCAAGAAAGAGCACAGCAGAAGAACUACAGCAGCUAGAAGCAAAGUUAGUGCAGGCUAAGCAAUCAAAAGAACUUGCACAAUAUGAAGCAAUGGAGUGCAUGAAAGAGAAAGAAGCAGUCAAGCUUAUUAGAAUAAAAGAAGGCAUGCUGAAGCUGUCAGAAUCAUAUUUAGAAUUGGCUCACAAAUGUCAUGUAAUAUUUGAGGCCCAGCGUGAUGUUGCCUCAGAAAUUCCAGAUGUGCAGGACCAAAAUAUUCAUGAAAUCACAUAUACCGGUAAUGAAGCAGCAAGGCAAUCUGUGACAAGAGCAAAGGAACAAGUGCAGCGAUACCAAAGACGUUCUUAUCAUUUACUCCCACGAAAAUGUUCACCACAGGACCCUUUUUAUUCUCCUCAGACAGAGAAAGCUGUAAUAGUGCAGCAGCCUAGGUAUGAGCGCAGGUAA